CAGUUCGAAUGUGCCGGAGUUUCGUUUGGUUAUCGUGGAAUAAUGGCUCCGAUCUGGUGCUAGUUUUAUCACAAGAAAAAUAAUGAACACGAAAGGUCAUCCGCUAGGUAUUCGUCAUGUGCAGACACUACUGCUGUUCCUCAACCUGACCGUUAACUAUAUAGUCCGCCUGAGCGUGGGCGUGCGGGUGGUGGCCAUGACGAAUAAAGCAAACAAUAAUGAAACUUUUCCGCAAUUCGAUUGGACAGAGGCCGAGAAGUCCUACAUCUUCUCCAGCUUCAACUGGGGCUAUUUGCUGAUGCAGAUUCCGGGCUGCUUCCUUGUCCGGAGUCUGGGGGCCAAGCUGCCCCUGAUCGUGGCAACCUUUUUCGUGGCCCUGUUCAGUCUCUGCACGCCCAUUGGAAUUCAGAUGGGCGAUUGGAAGGGCUUCUGUGCGAUUCGGCUGGGCCAGGGCCUGUGCCAGGGCCUGAUGCUACCCUGCAUCCACGAGCAUCUGGCUAACUGGUCGCCGCCCAAUGAGCUCAAGCAGCUGGGAGUAAUCGCCUACUCGGGCACCUAUUGCGGAUCAAUCCUGGCCCUGCUCGGCAGCGGGUACAUUGCGGACAGCUCCAUCGGCUGGCCGGGAAUUUCGUAUGUUUCGGCAGCAGCCUGCCUGAGCUGGUGCCUGCUGUGGUUCUUCUGGGGCGAGAACGAGCCCGGAAGCUCGUACUGGAUUGGCUCGGACGAGCGGAACUACAUUGAGAGCUGUCUGAAAAGUGGCACCGCAUGCCCCAGGGAUCUCAUACCCAUACCGUGGCUGGCGAUACUCGGGUCGGUGCCGUUCCGUGCCCUGGUGGUGGUCCACUGUACCCAACGCUGGGCCGACUCCACGAUGGAGGUGCAGAUACCUUCGUAUCUAGAUGGCAUCCUGCAAGUGAAAAUCACCCGGAACGGCCUGAUCUCGUCGCUACCCUACAUGGUCAAGUGGAUCAUGUCCCAUGUGUACAUCCUGAUCGCCCACGUGGCCAUAGUGCGGCACCUGAUCGACCAGACUCCGUUGCAAAAGUGGAUCGUCACGAUAUCCACUUGGGGACCGGCCCUACUGUACAUUGCCAUUGGGUUCCUGGACCGAGCAAAUGCCGGGCUGGUCGUCGUCCUGAUGACCAUCAAGGAGGGAUUUAAUGCCGGCUCCAGCAUUGGCGGCACUAUGAACACCAUUGCCCUGGCGCCCAACCACUCAGCGGUCCUGCUGGGCAUCAUGAGUGUCUUGUCUGAGGUCUUUACGCCGCUAACUCCUCUCGUUACGGGUAUCAUCGUUACGGAUCCGACCAAUCGUUCUCAGUGGCAGAUUAUAUUCUGCCUGAUCGCAGUUGUAUUCUUCCUCAGCAACUGGGUGUACAUCAUCUGGGGCUCGAGCGAACUGCAGCCCUGGGAUGCCGGUGAUUUUCUGCAUGUGUGCACUGCGGAAUGUUCCGCAAGGGGAGAUCACCACGACUCACCCGAUCUAUCCAUUAGGGGAAAAAUUAUGCUCAGGGACCUGGCUCGCAGAGUAACGGAGGGCCUGGAUAAGAUGAUCCCAGAUCAGGCUGAUCCGCAAAAGAAUAGCAGACCUAAACUAAAGACCGAAGAAAUGAAUGAUGAUAUGGCAAUUAAAGAUUAACCUCGUA